GAUGUUGGGUUUCUUCUUCAUGAGACAUUGUUGAGAAGUCGCAGUGGUUGGAGAGGCGUAGGGGGCAGACUACCUCUACUCCCCCCACACCCCCCUUUUUUCUCUCUGGGAGGAGGAGGAGGGGAAGGGGGCUUGCAGAGCAAGCGAUGGAUGAGGAAAACAUGACGAAAAGCGAGGAGCAGCAGCCUCUGAGUUUGCAAAAAGCCUUACAGCAGUGCGAGUUGGUCCAAAACAUGAUAGACCUGAGCAUCUCCAACCUGGAAGGGCUUAGGACCAAAUGUGCUACUUCCAACGACCUCACACAAAAAGAAAUCCGGACCCUGGAGAGCAAGCUGGUGAAGUACUUCAGCCGGCAGCUGUCCUGCAAAAAGAAGGUAGCCCUGCAGGAACGCAAUGCCGAGCUGGACGGCUUCCCCCAGCUCCGGCACUGGUUCCGGAUCGUCGACGUGCGGAAGGAAGUCCUGGAGGAGAUCACCCCGGGCCAGCUGAGUCUGGAGGACCUCUUGGAGAUGACGGACGAGCAGGUGUGUGAAACCGUGGAGAAAUACGGGGCCAACCGGGAGGAGUGUGCCCGCCUCAAUGCCUCCCUCUCCUGCCUCCGAAACGUCCACAUGUCAGGAGGCAACCUUUCCAAACAAGACUGGACCAUCCAGUGGCCCACCACGGAGACGGGGAAGGAGAACAACCCCGUGUGCCCCCCGGAGCCGACCCCGUGGAUCCGCACCCACCUCUCCCAGAGCCCCAGGGUCCCGUCCAAGUGUGUCCAGCACUACUGUCACGCCAGCGCCAGCCCGGGGGCCCCCGUGUACACCCACGUGGACAGGCUCACGGUGGACGCCUACCCGGGCCUGUGCCCGCCCCUGCCACUGGAGUCGGGCCACCGGUCCCUGCCUCCGUCGCCCCGGCAGCGGCACACGGUCCGCACCCCGCCGCGCACCCCCAACAUCGUCACCACCGUGACCCCGCCCGGCACGCCACCCGUGAGGAGGAAGAACAAGCUGAAGCCCCCGGGGACCCCGCCGCCCUCCUCCCGGAAGCUGAUUCACCUGAUCCCGGGGUUCACGGCCCUGCAUCGGAGCAAGUCCCACGAGUUCCAGCUGGGCCACCGCGUAGACGAGGCCCACACGCCCAAAGCCAAGAAGAAAAGCAAGCCGUUGAACCUCAAGAUCCACAGCAGCGUGGGCAGCUGUGAGAAUAUCCCCUCCCAGCAGCGCUCCCCGCUGCUGUCCGAGCGCUCCCUCCGCUCCUUCUUCGUGGGACACGCGCCCUUCCUGCCCUCCACCCCUCCCGUCCACUCCGAGGCCAACUUCUCCUCAAACACACUGUCAGUGCCACGCUGGUCCCCACAGAUCCCUCGCAGAGACCUCGGCAACUCCAUCAAGCACAGGUUUUCCACGAAGUACUGGAUGUCUCAGACAUGCACAGUCUGUGGGAAGGGGAUGCUUUUUGGCCUCAAGUGUAAAAACUGCAAGUUAAAGUGCCACAACAAAUGCACCAAAGAAGCCCCACCCUGUCAUCUCCUGAUCAUCCACCGAGGGGAUCCAGCAAGGUUAGUCCGGACAGAGUCCGUUCCGUGUGACAUCAACAACCCUCUACGAAAGCCACCCCGGUAUUCGGACCUGCACAUCAGCCAGACGCUCCCUAAAACCAACAAAAUCAACAAGGACCACAUCCCUGUUCCUUACCAGCCAGACUCUAGCAGCAAUCCCUCGUCCACAACGUCCUCCACACCCUCCUCGCCAGCACCCCCGCUCCCUCCCAGUGCCACGCCGCCUUCUCCCCUACACCCUUCUCCGCAGUGCACAAGGCAGCAGAAGAACCUCAACCUGCCAGCGUCCCACUACUACAAAUACAGGCAGCAGUUCAUUUUCCCAGAUGUGGUGCCGGUGCCAGAGACGCCGACCCGGGCGCCCCAGGUCAUCCUGCAUCCAGUGACCUCGAAUCCAAUCUUGGAAGGAAAUCCAUUACUUCAAAUUGAAGUGGAGCCAACCUCAGAGAACGAGGAGGGUCACGAUGAGGCCGAGGAGUCGGAGGAUGACUUUGAGGAGAUGAACCUGUCCCUCCUCUCGGCCCGGAGCUUCCCGCGCAAGGCUAGCCAGACCAGCAUCUUCCUUCAGGAGUGGGACAUCCCCUUUGAGCAGCUGGAGAUCGGCGAGCUCAUCGGAAAGGGCCGCUUCGGGCAGGUGUACCACGGCCGCUGGCACGGGGAGGUGGCCAUCCGGCUGAUCGACAUCGAGAGGGAUAACGAGGAGCAGCUCAAGGCCUUCAAGCGGGAGGUGAUGGCCUACAGGCAGACGCGGCACGAGAACGUGGUGCUCUUCAUGGGCGCCUGCAUGAGCCCGCCCCACCUGGCCAUCAUCACCAGCCUCUGUAAGGGCCGGACACUCUAUUCUGUGGUGAGGGAUGCCAAGAUCGUCUUGGAUGUCAACAAAACGAGGCAGAUUGCCCAAGAAAUUGUGAAGGGCAUGGGCUACCUCCACGCCAAGGGAAUCCUGCACAAGGACCUCAAGUCCAAGAAUGUCUUCUACGACAACGGCAAAGUGGUGAUCACAGACUUCGGGCUCUUCAGCAUUUCCGGGGUGCUGCAGGCUGGCAGGCGUGACGACAAGCUGCGUAUCCAGAGCGGCUGGCUGUGCCACUUGGCCCCGGAGAUCAUCCGCCAGCUGUCUCCCGACACAGAGGAAGACAAGCUCCCCUUCUCCAAACACUCGGACGUCUUUGCACUCGGGACAAUCUGGUAUGAACUCCAUGCCAGAGAGUGGCCUUUCAAGACCCAACCAGCAGAGGCAAUAAUCUGGCAAAUGGGCACAGGCAUGAAACCCAACCUCAGCCAGAUCGGCAUGGGAAAAGAAAUCUCGGACAUUCUUCUCUUCUGCUGGGCCUUUGAGCAGGAGGAGAGACCUACCUUCACCAAGCUCAUGGACAUGCUGGAGAAGCUGCCAAAGCGAAACCGCCGCCUGUCUCACCCUGGACAUUUCUGGAAGUCUGCAGAGUAA